AUGAACGAACCAACAAAUAAUAAUGAUAAUAAUGAUAGUAAAAAACAAGAAUUUUCAUUAUUAUCAGAUAAAGCAAUAUUAAGACAUAUGGAAAUUGGUACAGUUGUUAUAACACCAUUUGUUAGAGACAAUUUAUCAACAUCAUCUUAUGACGUCACACUUGGACCUUAUUAUUAUAGAGAAACCGAGCCAGAAUCAGGAGCAGGUGUUUAUAAUCCAUACUCUGAAGAAAUGGUUGAUAGAGUUUGGGGAUCAUUUAAAAAAGCAGAGACUCAUGCAUCAUGGUCAGCAAGGUCUGGUAUUAAAUUAGACAAUAUAGCCGAUGACGAAUUAAUCAUUUGGAUUAAACCUAAAGAAACAAUUUUAGCUCACACAAAUGAAUUUAUUGGUGGUAAUAAAACUGUAACAACAAUGAUGAAAGCAAGAUCUUCAAUGGGUAGAAAUUUUAUUGAAGUUUGUAAAUGUGCAGGUAUGGGAGAUGUCGGUUAUGUUAGUAGAUGGACAAUGGAGAUCACUAAUAAUAGUAGACACUAUUCAAUUCCAUUAGUAGUGGGUAGACGUUUAGCACAAAUCGUUUUCUUUAAUACUGACGGUAUAGAAAAUAGACCCUAUGAAUCAAAGGGAAAAUAUCAAGUUUCUUCAGACGUUACAGAAUUACAAAAAACUUGGAAUCCAUCUUUCAUGUUACCAAAAAUGUAUAAAGAUAAAGAAAUUUUAAAUAGAUCUCAAACAUAUAGCCCAUCUCAAUAUUUUUUCGAAGGAAAUUAA